CAAUUUGUAUAGAUCUAUCGUGCAAUUCGUUCGUUUGUCCGCAUCACACCGUCGUCAUACAGACCCUGAGAGCGAUCGUCGAAGGACGUGCCGCUCAUGGACGUCCUUCGACGAUGGACGCCAGAGACAGCAGCGAGGAGGACGAGGAGGAGACACGGCGCGAUGUCCCGGCGCCGUUCGGCAAGUUCGACGAGACCAUCGUGGUGCGCAACGCCGAGGAAAUCAAAAGUCCUGUGAACCACAGGCCUUCCACCUCAAGCAGGAGGAGCAGAAAGGCCAUGCUGACGAGCGACAGCUCGAACACCCUGGAGUCAAGCUCGCCGCGCGGGAAGCACGAUUUUCGAAGAUAUUCCGGCAACGAUCUCGGCUUCGGCAAGCCGAUGGGAAUCGGCAGCGACCCUUCGGAUAGCGAGGAGAGCGAUGACGACGACAUACAGGGUACGAGCGUCGCCAAACAGGUCGAUCUGUACAAUCCCAAGGAAUUUGAGAACCUGGAAGCGUCAACGGAGGUCAAAGAACUGUUUCAGAACAUAACAAGAUACACGCCGCAGAGGAUCGAGCUCAACUACAAGCUGAUACCGUUCAUUCCCGAUUACAUACCGGCGGUCGGCGACAUAGACGCCUUCAUAAAGGUGCCUAGACCCGACGGCGUGGAAGAUAAGAUCGGCCUGACGGUGCUGGACGAACCUUGCACCGACCAGUCCGACCCGGCAGUGCUGCACCUGCAGCUGCGCAGCCACUCGAGAAGCGCCGGUGCCGCUAGACAGGCGGUCGUUAAGAGAAUCGAGGAUGCCGAGAGGAACGGCAAGUCCAUCGACAAGUGGAUCGACGACAUGAAUCAGCUGCAUCGGAGCAAGCAUCCGCCGGCAGUGCAGAUCAACCGAGCGAUGCCGGACAUCGACGGCCUGAUGCAGCAGUGGCCGGCGCAGGUAGAGGACAGGUUCAACGAGCUGCCGGUCGACCUGUCGGACCUCAACUGCGACUUACCGCAGUUGGUCGACAUCGCCUGCAACCUUCUGGACAUUCCAGCGCGGGACGGCGCCAGACUGGAGGCUCUCCACACGCUGUUCACCUUGUUCUUGGAAGUCAGGAACGUCGAGAGUCAGAACUUUUGAGCAGACAGCGAGGAAGGUGUGCGAAAUUGUUGAAAGACAAGUGUGCUCGAAGAAAAACGAAAUUACGCUAUGGUCUCUUGAGUUUCUACCUUGUUUCUAUGUUCACUCCCGAUCCCGCUACAUUGCAAAUCCAAAUGUGUUAUCUCACACUUCUUACAGUCUUCAAAUUAUUUAUACUUCUUGAAUAUGUUAAAUGAUGUGACUUAAAACAAGGUAAUAACCUUCAGUUAGUAACAGUCGAGAGUAAAAAGAGCUUUAGCCAAAUUAUACGCUUAUGCGCUUAAAAAUAACACACUUAGAUUUGCGCGUAUUUCCUCGUCUUUUCCCGCCUCUCUCUUUCAUGUGUUUCUUUAAUAAUUAAGUCUAUUCUUUUUCGCUGAAUUAAUGCACAUUUACAGAACUCGAAAAGAAACAGGUAUGUACACU